CUGACACAGCUUGUGUUUCGACCUGGGGGUUUCCUCGAUCGGCCUGGACUUUUCCACGUUACGGUUAAUUCGUUUGACAAGGGUAUCAGGUAGCCCGGCGGCUUCGCAUAUGUCAUAGGUUCGUUUCCUAUUGGGAUAAACAUCGUGGUCAAUUGCCUCUUGAGUCCCUGGAAUACCCGCCAUCACCCAAAGCGACAUAUCGUGUUACUAUAGCCCUCGACUUCGACAAAGUUCUAAAAGAUUAACUUGGUACGAAAGGGAUUCUUCUCAAAGAUGGCGCAUCGCCGCCCGCGGCCGCGAAAGCGGUUUCUAAAUUUUAUGGCACUAUUAGCCGUGGCCUCGAGCCCGAUCGCUUCAGCACUCAACAUGUCCCAAUUUCAGCUCAUAACGUCGGGCCAAAUAUCGAAACGCUGCAUUCGCGCCUACCAAGCCAACAUUGAUGGUUGCAAGAGGAGUGAUUUCACGGACGGGCACCUGUGUUCAGCGAGCUGUGUGGCGGGGCUGCAGAAGGCGGCGGACACAAUAGAAGGAGCUUGUGGCGAUCUCAGUGUCACUUCGGGUUCGCUGCUUGGAAUUAUUCUAUCGGGUGGUGUAGUUAAUGCCCUAUGCCCUGGGUCGCCCGGAACUACGACAGUGAGAGUAACUGUGCAACCUACAUCUACGAAGGGAUUCAGUACGAUACCGACAAGUACGUCGGAUGACAUUACCAGUACCACGAGCAGUUCCAAAAAAACGCAGUCAAAGACAACCCUGUCUAUAUCAAGCUCCGAUGCGGAGAGCACUUCACUAGUCAGCACUUCGCUGCCGGCUCCGAGUUCCUCAACCGAAGACACCACAACCACGAUACAAACCACACCUUCACCUUCGCCUACGCCUUCACCUACGGCGACUAGCGAGGCAGUUCAAACGCCGCCAGCGACGUCAUCUGCCAGCACGCAAGAGGCUAGGCCAAAGCCUUUCAUUGGCGGUAGCCCAUUCGAUCCAUCGCCUAUUCAAGACUCGGAGGCUAUCUGUUUAGGAUAUGAGGCGAGAAUACUGGCAGUUGGAAUUUUGGUGGUUGCCAUUUUGUUGCAAUAGCACCGUGCCAUAUGCCGUACCUGUUUACAGGAUGUACACUAUGACCGAGAGUCGAUAAUGUUUUUUUGCUUUAAAAAUACGGGGCGAGAUGAUACCAGAAGGUUGGCGUUACGAGUGGUUUUAUUACGAAGUAGCAUCAUCACCUCAGGGGAGGUUCGCAAGGUUGGGGAGAGAAGCAUGGCAAACAAGGCCUUAAUGUGUGAUAUGUAUUUUGAUUGAUGACAAGUUUAGUGCUUUAAUACUACAAAGUAGGAAAGGGACUCGGGAGGAGAGUGGGCUUGUAAGAAUAGGCACCUAAGCAUACUCAGGAGGCAAAGAAGAGUGUAAAGCUCACGACAUUGUACACUAGAGACACCAAAACUAGAGCUGUCUAAACUAUGUAACAAAGAAAAGAAAAGAAAAGAAAAGAAAAGAAACGAGGAGAUGUGAUGAUAAUUAUUCAGUUCAGUAUCACUGGUCUGGGUGAUUCGGCGGGUUCGGGAGAAUGAAAGGCGGUAGAUGGUCUGGCAAUUUGGCUAAACCGCUAACUUAUUAGGUUAAUAAUAUGGAGACAAAAAAGUGAUGGAGCCGGAGAACCGAGGUACCUGAGCAGCCUAGGCAAAGCUGUAUGCAAGGCAUAUCCAUGCAAUUUUGACCUACAUAUGUAACUACAUAGUGUAGUAGUAUUAUCGUAUUGACAUU